CAAUACCUCUAUCGCAGGAGCUAAGUCCUUACUAAUCUCCUCUUCUGUCGGCGUUGGACGGUGAGGGAUGAAAAUCAGCUGUAGGGCCUGUUUCGACAUAUUUGGGGAAAGAGUACGAGGACUUUGAUUGAAUGUGUAAAGUUUUCAGCCCAGCACUCGUUGAAAGCAUAUAUUGCAACGCGUCCAUUAGAACUGAUACCAGGGAUUGCUUCCCCGCAAUUAAGACGGUCAUUGGAGAGAAACUGACCGAAGACAUUCCGUCCGUACUGACAAAUCUCAAAAGCUUCCAAUUGUUUCAGGUUUGCAUGUAACCCACUCCCAAGAUCGACUUGAUUGAAAGCAAUCACAUCUCCUCAAUUCGAAAACCUCAAAUCGGACUUCUAGAAGCCAUCAUCUUUCCACAGCUCAAAGACGUCAAAGAUGGCAUCCAACACAGCAGCCCUGAGGCCUGGCCGCCUUCAAGAUCGCAUCGCCAUCGUUACCGGAGCUUCGUCGGGCAUGGGAAGAUCAAUUGCUCUCACCCUUGCCGGUGAAGGAGCUCAUGUGGUUUGCGCAGACCUGAGGCCAGAGGCAUCGCCAAAUGGAUUUGAAAAGGACAUACACAUCCCUACUCAUACCGUCAUCUCUAAUAACGGAGGCACUUCUCGAUUCAAGAAGUGCGACAUGGGGGUGCCCGAGGAGGUGUAUGCGCUGAUAGACUUUACCGUGCAGGAAUUCGGUCGCCUAGACAUCCUGAUCAACAACGCAGGUCUGUGGAUGCCGCUUCGCGAAUUUGUCGAGGAGACGGACGAGAUGUGGGACCGCAUGAUGGCCAUCAACAGCAAAGGCUCGACCAUCGCCAUGCGACAAGCAAUCAAGCAGUUUCUCAAGCAGGACGUCACGAGCUCUGGCUCGCGUGGUCGCAUUGUCAAUAUUUCUUCCAGCGCCGGCAUCGUCGCCAUCGCGCGUGAAGCGACCUACUGCGCCUCGAAAGCCUCCGUUUCGAUGCUCACGCGUGCAAUUGCCCUCGACCACGCGAAAGACUCGAUCAACGUCAACGCCGUCUGUCCAGGUGUUGUGCGAACCGCGCUCUCGAGCACAAACUUCAACGACCCGGAGAUCAUCAAGAACAUGAAAAAGGGAACGCCGUGGCCUCGGCUGGGAGACCCCAAAGACGUGGCUGGCGUCGUGGUGUUUCUGUGCACCGACGAAGCUGUCUGGGUUACAGGACAGAACAUCGCAGUGGAUGGCGGCUUCACCGUCGGGAUACCUUUGCGCAAAAUCAAAUGUGGUCGCGAGCUUCCUCGAUGCGCAAUUUGCGUUGGUUCCCAGCAAGACUGUCAAUAUCCACCCGGACCUCUGAAGCCAGGGCCUAAAAUAGGAGCAUCGCAGCGCGGUCGCAAAAGACAAAAGACCAAUCCUUCGGAAGACAGUUCUUCACAGCCACCGCGCAACCCAGAUGGCGACUCCACAGAUGCGCGUGGCCUCAACGCAGACUCCGCUGAAUGGGAAACUCGAUCCAUUCCCAUUCAGUCCUCAUCUACGAAUAAUGGAGCAACCAACUCGUCUAGAUCCAACGAAUUCUCCGGGAACCAGGACUUAACGAAUCGCCGCGGCUCCUCAGUUUCAAACACUGAGCAUGGAAUUCCAACGAGGGUUGGACAUCGGCCUUCUCAAGCGGGGUUGGAUGCGCGUAGGCCGCUCUCGCCAGCGACCACUGCGUCUACCGGGAGUCCCAGAGAUCAGCUAAACAUGCAAAGUCUCUCAUUCAUUAUUCAUCCUUCGCAUGAAAGCUGCACCCCGGAGACGGCAAAGUCCGAUUUCGGCACACCAUCCCGAACAGAACCCGUGACUUUGAUCAUUGCGCGGACUUGGGUUGCGCUUGGUGUAAAGCCCCAGGUCAUCUAUCGACUGGUCGAUUUGUAUUUUGAGAACUUCACUGCCUUCUCGCUAUUUCAACAACCGGUGUUCGAAGUCAAGGCGCAAAAUGUCGCCUCAUCUCUGCACCUCCAUGCGCUCCUAGCGGCCAUGUUCUCAUUCGCAGCUCCUUUCUAUGUUCCCGACAUGACCAGCCCUACCGGCUUCCCCGAUCCCGAUAAUCCUGUAGUACCAAACUCAGAGCACUUUGGCGAUCUCGCCGAAAGAUUCGUCCAGGAGUCUCUCAUGAAGCUCGAAGACGAGUCGCCGCCGCUCUGCCUGCUUCAAGCCUUGAUAUUAACCACAUACCGAAAGCUCAUCAAAGGCGCUCGAGGCCGAGCAUGGAGAUCACUCGGGACCUGCGUUCGACUCGCGUACGAAAUGAACCUCCACUUAAUCGAUUCGGAAGGCAUCGGUCGGGGAGACGCGCCGCAGUCCCAAAGUCGAGAUCAGUGGGUAGCAGACGAAGAGCGACGUCGCGCAUGGUGGGCUGUGUGGGAAAUGGACACGUUUGCCGGAACCGUGCGCAGGUGUCCUGCGGCGAUAGAUUGGUCUCAGAACGAAACGUAUCUACCCGUCGAUGACGAAGCCUUCUUCAGCGGAGUCCCAAAGAGGAGCUGCUACCUGGAGCGAAAUGCGAUUGACCGGUGGAAGGCAUUGCAUGAGAGCGGCAAUGAGUCUUCAAAAGCUUGGUUCAUCGUGGUCAAUUCUCUUAUGAGAGAAGCGCAAAUGCUAGCAAGCCCCAGAGGCGUGCCAAUAUCCAUAUCGGGAUCAUCAAACGACCGGGCAUCAUCCUCAAGGACUGGCUGGCGCAUGCUCCCUGGGAAAGCCUCCAAGGAUGUUUCGGAAAAGCUGGGGGCAAUAUCGAAUGCCCUUCGCUGUAUCUCUUUGACGCUGCCACAGUCGCUUAAGUACCGGAACCAAUAUUUGAGCUUCGAAUCCACCGGACCUGACGAUGCGAAUUCCCCGCGUAGGCUGCAUAGUGCCAUCUAUAGCAUCCAUCUCAUGGUAGCGCUAGCAAAGCUUAUGAUACAUCAUUACUACGUCUUCUCGGUACCCCCAGAGAAUACGCCCGCUACCUCCAGCGAAGAUCCGACUAAUUCUACGAAGGAGAAAUCAGGACAUUGGCAAUACCGACCCUCCGGACUCGCCCUGGAUCAGUACUUCGAAGCCGCCGACGACAUUCUCACCAUCAUUAACCGCAGCCACGAAGACCACGUUCGCUACGUGAACCCAUUCCUGGCAAGUACCGUAUGGCUUGCCGCGGCAGCUCAACUAAUUUCGAGAGUCUUUGGCUCGCCGAACACGGACGCGAAUCUCGCGAGGUCGAAAUUUGAGGUCCUAUAUCUACUGCAUAAGCAGUUCGUCAACUACUGGGGCAUAUUCACGGCACUGCAGGAGAACCUGAACACACUUGAGGCACGUCUAGAGCGGAUUGGCGCGCGACUGAAUGGCGGGGACGAUCCGGGUUCCCGACCCCUGACCAACGGGCAGAGCUCGCGUCCGAAGUCAGCAGCGAGCAAUCAACACAAUGCCAAUGACUCGCAGACGGGGUCGAACAGCACGACCAAUCAUGCUUCUCCGAAUCUUUACCACAUUCCCCGUUCCGAAUUACCUCCAUUCUCUAGCAUGGCUCACUUGCAGCUCGUGCAAACCCCACACGAGCAGCAGCAGCAGCAACCACAACAGCAGCUUCAGCAGAGUAUUCACGACCCAUUUGUGCAUAACAUGGGGAAUUUUUCUUCGUUCGGGGGACCUCAGCAGAACGAGAUGAUGGCCGGAUCUUUGGAAGACGCAAAUACAUUCAACGCGAUUCAUAGUUCGACUGGCGACAUGAUCGACGAUUUGGACUUUAGCAUGAGCUUGGAUAUGAGCGAGAGCGAGUUGCAGGGGUACCUAGGUGGUGUUUUGUCCGGAGCUUUGAUUGGGUGAAGAUCUAAUGCGAAGGUUUUCUCGCUUUGGGGUAAUAAUCGAUGCGGAACAGGGCGUUUGAGCUUGGGCGGCAAAAUUGACGUUCUUGAGGCGCUUUGUAUUCCUUUGGGGAAAAGCUUUAUCCAGCUUCAAAUCCGAUACCCAUUUCUUUCACCUUUAUUUCCCCCUGGACUUAAUCAUUGCCUCUUCUCCCAGCUUCAUUCUCCAGAUUGUAUCAUCAGUGAAGAGUGUAUCCCCCGUCAACCUACACCAAUUAGCAGUCAUCUAUUACGCAAUCGGCUUCGGGCCCACUCACCGU